AUGUUAAUUGUUUAACAUGUAAUAACCCAAAUUAGCAAGAAUAAUAUUGCUUAAGCUGCCCAAAAUAAUUUCCUUACCUAUUUUAAGGUAGAUGUUACUGUGGGAAUGGAUUUUUUGGUACAAAUUGCUAAUAAAAUUGUAUUUCUAGUUGUAUUUUAUGUGAAGAUAAUCUUUCUUGUGAUAAAUAUUCAGAUUAACAUAUUUAUUAAAAUUAAGAUUGUCAUUUUUCAUGUUCAAAAUGCUAUAUCCCUAAUAAAAGCUAUGGUUGCAAAGAAUGCAGUUCAAAUACUCGAUUGCUUUAGAAAAUAACUGGUUCAUGUUUUUGCAAAUCUGGUUUUACAGACAUAGGGUAAGCUGAAUGUUAUGAUGAAAAUUCUUUAAAGCCUAAUCAAGAAGUUUCGAACGCUAAUAAUAAAAUAAUUUAGAUCUUAUUUUUGA